UAAAGCGAUUUCAGCGCAUGCAGGGACUCGUCCCUACGGCCACGGAUGGCAACAUGGCGACAGAGUUCCACAACCUGCAGGAGUUGAGGCACAGUGCGUCUCUGGCCAACAAAGUCUUCAUCCAGAGAGACUACAGUGAGGGAACCACCUGCAAGUUCCAGACCAAGUUCCCAUCCGAGCUGGAGAGCAGGAUUGAGCGGACACUGUUUGAGGACACUGUGAAGACGCUCAAUAACUACUACGCAGAGGCAGAAAAGAUUGGAGGCCAGUCUUAUUUGGAGGGCUGUCUGGCCUGUGCUACAGCAUAUCUUAUCUUCCUCUGCAUGGAGACACGCUAUGAAAAGGUAUUGAAGAAGAUAGCCAAGUACAUACAGGAGCAAAAUGAAACGAUCUAUGCUCCCAGAGGCCUGCUCAUCACAGAUCCCAUAGAAAGGGGAAUGCGUGUCAUAGAGAUUUCCAUCUAUGAAGACCGGGGCUCCAGUGGCUCCAGCUCAGGGAGCAGCUCUGUGUCCGGCAGCACCGCUCGAUGA